AUGCUAAGCGGCAACCUCAAGGUGACCAUCUAUGUUGACUCCUUGACAUGUCACUUAGUGAGUGUCAUAGUACCAGCUGUGGGUUCCAUCAAGAAGAGUUCACCCUCAUAUCUCUUGCUGGGGCAUACUGAUUUCUUCUGUGAGGAAGCACAGUCAUGUCAUGUUAUUGAUGACUUUGAGGCUCAUGGACUUAUCAAGCCAAGGAGAGACAGUCUACCUACCAGUCACCACCACCAACUCCUCAUGGGCAACACCUUCCUCUUCCGUGAACCCAUCCGGCAGGAGCUUUGCUUGUAUCUGAUUGCCCUUGGGAAGGACAUCACCAGUCUCAUACCUCUCACAGACAAAGAUGAGAGAGUGGUUAUGGCUUCUGUCAUCACUCCAAAGCUUCUGUCAGCAGGUGUGGACCUCUCUGUUCUAUAUGGACACAUGGAGUCAGUGGUGAGGCUGGCACAAGAGACCCUCAUGGUGUUGCAUACAACACAGUGCCCCUCUGAGUACCUCUGCUAUAAGCCUCACCCAUCACUCCAAGACACAGGUAACCACUACCCAUUGUGCAGCAGUCAGCCAGUAGUGUUGUUUGGGGAGGUGACACCUCUGCAGCAUCGUGGCCCAGACUUGGCACUCUUGCACAUGGGAGGCAUCAUACACAUUAUUUUCCUGUUUGCCCGAAUGGUGGAGCUGAAGAGUGAUGAGCGUGAGCAGGCGGCAGUGCUAUGCCUGCUCACUCACUGCAUACAUUCCUCGCCACAGCUGGCUGCUCAGUUUGAGGGCUUGAGAGGCAGCUCCCUUGUGUUCCGCAUCUUGCGUUCACCUUUCUCAUGUCCUGGUGUGCAGGUGAUGAAGGCACUAGUUGAUGGGUGCACAUCACCAAGUGUUGUUCAGUACAUGGCUUGCCGGGAUGUUUACACAGUAAGCAACCAUGUCCCAGCGCUUCUAACUGACCGUGCCCUCAUCUGUGCUCUCCUUACCAACUGGCGGACUUUUCUUGACAACUUCUCAAAGGACCAGACAACCAAAUAUUGUGUGAAUGAAAAGGGAGAAAGGAUUACUGUUAUUGGCAUCAUUCUCUCAGUCCUGAAGGCCCUGUUGGCUGAAAACCAGCCAUAUAGAGACUUUAAUGUAGCUCAGCUCAGGGACAUUGAUGCUCUUGACAAGAUCCUCUUCAUGUGUAAGGAAUUGGAGCUGACAACAGGUUCCUUGGACAGCAUCUGCUCAGCUGACCUGAUAGUAGCAGUGGUGACAGGCCUUCUGGGGGCAUCAUCACCUCCCCCAUGGAGGAAUGUCUCAUCUGUGGCAGGCCUCGGACUUACCACACAGGAAUCUUUCUCAUCUGGAUUCUCCUCAAGGACAUCAGGCUUCACUUCCUAUGGUCUUGGAUCUCCAUCUGUGAGGGUGAGGGAUGUGGCAGCUGUGUAUGGGUUCCUGCUGCUGGUCCACCCGGCACACCUCACCUAUGCUGCCACUGAACGCCACACAGCCUAUUACCUUCCCCACAUUCCUGUGAAUCUCACCUCCAAAAGACACAGUUCCUCUGUGGCUGUGGGUGUGGACUUGGCAGCUGAACUCAUAGAUAGACCAGAAAAAAUUCACACCCUCCAACAGUUUCAGGCUGGUGACUGGCAGGUCAUAGAGAAUAGUGACCCACUAUUGCAACUAAAAAGAAUCAGGCAGCAGCAGCAAGCAGAAAUCAGGAAGCUCAGAAGGGAAGGAUCAAUAGCCAGGAGUGCCUAUUACACCUCAGAGGACGAGGACAGCUCAGGGGAAGGCCAGAGCACCAAUGCUGCCCUAAAGGACUCACCAUUCAGCAGUAUAGAUGAAGUGGAUAGCACACAAUUGCAACGACAGGCAGUCACUUCACUGGGCAAGCCUCCAUGUAAGACAGAGCACAUCAAAAGGAGUCUCAGUAGAAAUGGCAGAGGCACCCCAGAGAACCAAUCUGCUACAGAAGAUGAUGCAACAGAAAUUAAUAAUGAGACUAUCAAGGAAGACAAUGAGCAGUCUUUAGAAGCUGAACAAACAGAUGACAGUGAUGCAUUGCCUAGGACAACAAAGUGGGUGGAUGACACAGGAGAGACAGAAGAGGAUGACAGUGGGGAUGACGAGGAGAGUUCCAGCACUGCCAACCUCUCAUGCCUGACCCGGGUGGUGGUGGGUCUUUUGGAAAUGCUAGAGGAAGUGCUGCGGUGUGCCUCAGACACCACAGCCCGCACACUGCUUGCUGAGGCCCUGCACAUGGAUCAGACACUCAUCAUGGCCAACCACCCACACCCUGUCAUCCGACGGGCUGUCCUUAAGCUGUUCACCACCAUGAUGGACAGAUGUUCACCUGAGGACAGUGUUCUACACCUACGCCAAAAUGCCCCUCUCAUCAUGGGUCAGCAGCUGCACAAACACACUGCCUCCAUCACCUCCCACCUUGUGACAGCAGCAUUUUCUCUUGCUUUGGAUCGAUCCUUCACCUUUGAAGAUUAUGCUGUUGACUCUGACCCCACACUUGCUCUCCCACACAAGGUGGUCUUGUUUGUUCCCCUCUUGGCUCUGCUGCCCAACUCAGCCCAAGACAUUGCUCUGUGUCACAACACACUCAUGGUUCUUCUGGACUUACUACAUAAGAACACAGAGCUCAUCAUCCCACUGAUUCACAAGGCAUAUUUUGUGGACUCCCUGCUAUGCACAUUGAAGAGCUGCUUGCACACUGAGGGUGUCGGGGUGAGCGACUUGACUGGUGAGAGUGAGUGUGAGGUGGUGGUGUCUGACAUAACUGAGAUACUCUCCUGGAUUGUCAACUGUCUUGUUGCCUCAACACAGCACAAGAACUUUUUGCUGAGCCUAGAGGUUCUGCACCACCUGAACCUGUUAUGCCGGGGAGAAUCGGCAGUAUGUGGGGGCCAAGCCAGCUGUGUUGGCCACCUGCAGGGCACAGAGGCAGCCCUACUGCAGGUUGCAUUGUCUCGCAUCCAAGCCACAGCUUCCACCCACCAGCACACCCUCACUUGUGAUGCUGCAAGUGCUUCUGGCCCAUUCAAGUUGGAAAAGACAAGUGUGACAGGAUCUAGCAGCCUUCAUAACAUGAAACUAGCUUCUCCUGGCACGCCUAGGGAAGAGAGUGACUCUGGGGUUGGCUCAGUACUGGCUAACUACACCACUAUACCCUUCACCAAGAGCCUGCACAACAUCUCUGACCAGCUCUUCCUGAGCCAGAGCCGCAGUUCCCCGGCAUUGGGCUCUGAGGGCUCCAGGAAGGAUGACAAGGUGUUGGCCCACUCAGAACUAGUUGACAGAUUCAAAGUGCUCAUACAAAAAGCAACAGACUUCUUGUUCAUGUCAGCUUGGUCAUCAGUGGAGUCUGUGGCAUGUGCCUUGCCGUCUGCCUCAGCCUCUGAGACCUUCAGCCUCUUCCUGCUAGAUUUGUUGCUGUCUGCUGCUGCUACCAUCACCCAGCGCAAAGGUAACAGUGAGCGGUGUGGGUGGGAGCGUGUGCUGUGGGGCUGCCAAGACAUCUUGCGCCUACACCUCAACCACCUCUUGGCCCUCAUCACCUCCCCACGCACCCACCUGCAGACUCGUGUGAGGGCAGCACAAGCACUUUCCAGGCACCCUCGACUUCAUCCUAUCAUCAACUGCACUUCUAAGGCAAACCCUCAGCUGAUGUACAAGGUCGGAAUCUUUAUACAUGAGCUGCGCUACCAGAAUGAGAGUCGCUUAGAUGCUGCUGCCACCCGCAGCUGUGAGACACUCCUACAGGCGCUGGAGGAGUGCUCAGUGCAAGUCCUUCCCCCUCCCGAGCAUUUCCCACCACAUGGAGCCAUGAGGGAAUGGAGUGUUGUGAGUGAAGAGAAGAAACAGUGGCAGGAUGAAUCUGCCAAAAUUGCAAUCCUAGUUGUUGAUCGGUGCACCAAACAGGAUGAGAGACUCAUGACUAAGAACACUCAAGCAUAUGAGGCAGUGGCUCAGGAGUGCAGCCGCCUGACCCGCAGUGUGGUGGACCGGCAGAAUGUGGAGCGCAAGUUGGUGUUGGGUGGCAUUAAACAUGCACAGUGCCGUCAUGUCCACCUCACACACCGCUGGAGGGACCUUGUGGAGACUCUAACCCAUGAGCGUGCCACCUGGCACUUCUCACAUUCUUACCCAAGAUCAUGGCAACUAGACCAGACGGAGGGGCCGCUCAGGAUUCGAAAGAGGCUUUCCCGCGGCCGCCUCCACAUCAGCUCCCGGUACCUAAUGCCUGAGUACCGUCAGAAGAUUGAGGUUGAGCGUCAGCCAUCCCCACUGGAGACUGUCCUUCAGGGGUCAGCAACAGAGGCCCAGAUGGCAGUGAUGAUUGAGCGGCUUAAUGCAAGUGAGCGCAUCAUCCACAUGAGCAGUGCCUCAGUGGUGUCACCAGGCAUGGAGCAGUGUGGCGAGAUCUUGGUCAGUCGCACUGCCAUGUACUUUGUUGGCGAAAAGGUCACCAUUGAUAUGAACCAGAGUGGCACCAGUAGUGAAGUGGUGUCUGUCACAUGGCCAUUGGAUACUGUGAGGGAGAUACAUAUCCGCCGCUACCAACUUCAGGACUGUGCACUGGAGCUUUUCCUCACUAGUGGUCAUUCAGUGCUUCUAGCCUUCACUGACACUCAGCACCGCAAUCAGAUUAUUAGUGUACUGAGUAUGUCAGACAUGCCCAGCCUGCUGAGCAAAGCCACUCUUCCUGAAGUCACGACCCGCUGGCGUGAUGGACACAUGACCAACUUCGAAUACCUAACUCAACUAAACAAGCUGGCAGGCCGGUCCUUCAAUGACCUCAUGCAGUACCCAGUGUUUCCUUUUGUCCUGUGUAACUACACUGCUGACAUUCUCAGCUUAAAUGACCCUUCUAGCUUCAGGAAUCUCAAGAAACCAAUUGCAGUGCAGCAUCAAGCAAAGGAGCAACACUACAUCAACAACUAUGAGAUUACAUCUCAGAUCAGCCAGGGUGCUGGGGACGGACCUUACCACUAUGGCUCCCACUACAGCAACUCCGGCAUUGUGCUCCACUUCCUAGUACGCCUUCCACCCUUCACUCAGCUCUUCCUCCGCUAUCAGGAUGGUAACUUUGACAUCCCAGACAGAACUUUCCACUCAAUGCAGACCACCUGGCGCCUUGCAUCCUCAGACUCUACCACUGACUUCAAGGAACUCAUCCCGGAAUUCUUUUUUCUCCCUGAAAUAUUCCUUAAUUCAGAAGGCUUCAACAUGGGUGUGCGUCAAAGUGGUGAGCGAGUCCAUCAUGUGCAGCUCCCCCCGUGGAGUGGUGAUGAUCCUCGCAGAUUUGUGUUGGUGCACCGGGCAGCAUUAGAGUCACCACUGGUGACGCAGAACCUCCACCACUGGAUUGAUUUGGUGUUUGGUUACAAGCAGACUGGCAAGGCAGCAGUGGAAGCCAUCAAUGUCUUUCAUCCAGCGACAUACUUUGGGUACGAUGUGGAGAAUGGGAGCGACGAGAUAAGUCGGGAGGCUCGUAAGGCUAUGAUCAAGACAUAUGGCCAAACACCUCAGCAGCUCUUCACCAGCCCUCACCCCCCCGCCAGCAACAGCGGCCCUACUCAAAGUCCACAGGCCCCAGAAGUGCUUCAUGAGGUGCGGGGGCUGCGCUGGGGCACCUAUGCUGGUUCUCCUGCUGAUGAGCGCCCCGUUCUUGCCCUGGUACAGACUCUCAAGACACCAGCCACCCGAUUAGCCAGUCUCUCUCACACGGAGCUACUCCUCAUGCCCCCUCACACUCACCUCCUCAACAUUGGCCAAAGCAAAACUUCUGCAUCUGGGGCAUACAUCUUGUCAUCAAACCACCAGGAUGGCAUCAUUCGCUGCCGUCGCCUCAAGGACAAUGCAGCUCAGCCACUCAUCUCAGUCCCUCCCAAUGAACAGGUAACAUGGUGUGUGUGUGGCACCAAUCAAGUGUGGCUUGGCUUGGCAUCUGGUCAGAUCCUGGUAUACUUGGUCACCACAAGUCAUGUUGGGGAGGAGCUGGUGAUCUCCCUGCCUCCUACCCUCCUCCUGGCACACACUGCACCCAUCACCCACCUGUAUCUUUCAAAUGCUUUCAAUGUCUGUAUUUCUGGUGGCAAAGAUGGAAUGUGUGUCCUGUGGGAUACCAACAGGCUGUCAUAUGUUCGAAGCAUUGGCUGGAGUGGUGUGGAGGUUUCACUGCUUGCCAUGAGUGAGACCCUUGGGGAUUGGGCUUCUAUCACUCCCCUAGGGUCCAUUGCAUCAGUACUGCGCCUCUACACCAUCAACGGGGCACUUGUAGAUUCAGCCGUCACCCCUGCCCCAGUUACUGCUCUAGCCUUCACCUCAGCACCUGAAGGAACUGCAAUCAAUGUCAUUGCAACUAGUAUGGCAGAUGGUGUCAUCAGGCUGUGGAGUGUCUGGGACCUUCAUGCUGUCAGGGAGCUGAGGACAGACAGAACAAGGCAGUCAAUAGCAUCACUGCAGUAUAGCCAGGACAAUCUCCACCUCUGUGGCAUCACUGAGAGUGGCAUUCUGGUGGUGUGGGAGUCCUCUCUUGUCAAGACCAAGAUCCCCAAGUUUAUCACUGUCCCACCUGUGUAGCUACUCACCCUUCAGAAAAACUUUCUCAAGUCACCUAAGGGAGAUUCAUUGUUUUCUGUAUAUUUUGAAUUUUGGGUUGGUAAUGAUUGUUGGUGAACAGUUUUCUUUCAUCUUCAGCUUGUCACAGAAAUUUCACCUUUCUUGUUAUUUUUGUAGGGAGAUGGAAAUUUAUUCAUAUGAGUUUUAAUAAUUCUCUUUUUAGCUUUAGUAGAGACAGUAUGUAUAGGUAAUAUGUCUUUUAGAAGCCAGUUGAGCCAUGAAUACAUUUUUUAUGGGAAAUAAAUUUCAAAAGUUAUUUUCAGAAUUUCUUAUGUGGGCAUUUAAGCAUGGAAGCAGCAUGCUUGUACAGUACUUUUUGGUCAAGUACUUAUUUGUCUUCCAAGCUUUUUCUUUUCUGUAUAAAUCUCCAUGCCAAUGCAAUGCUACUUAAAACUAGAGACAUGUUAAAUUACCUGAUAUAGUGUAGGUGGAAUACAUAUUUACCGUCCCAUUUAUCUGGGUAUAUCUAUGAAUACGCUUUGUGUAUGCUGCUACAAGACUGUACAAAGAACUUAAUAGUGAUGUAAAGAGUCCCUAUUUAGUAUUUAAGCAGUCAGCAAGCUAAAGUAUGCAGUACCUCAGAAAUCUCAUUGAUUACAUCAUUUUUUUUCUUUCCUUGUUUUGGUGUGUGUAUGUGUGUGCAUGCAUGUAUGCAUUUCCGUGAGUGCAUGUGCACGCACGUGUGUGUGUGUGAGAGAGAGAGAGAGAGAGAGAGAUGUAGGACCUAUGAGGAUACAGGCAGCUGGUCAGCUUUACUGGCCACAAUGUUGGUAGUGGCAGCUGCUAAGCUACUCUGGUUGCAGUGCGAAGGCAGUAGCUGUGCCCAAGAUUCUGCUUCACUUCUACCAUGGCAGUUUGUACCUGGGGCUCAUCAGGCUAGGUAGGCACCACCUACCCACUUUAGCAUUCAGCACUGCAUCAGGUAAUAGGAUAUAGAAUAGAGAGCAGUCAAAUUGGCAUAUGAAAUUGACAUCUUCAUAUUUUAAAUGGAAUAUUUUAAUGCAAAUAUUUUCUCCAAAUCACACACACAAAAAAAAUGGAAUCUCCUAAGUUCAGCACAGAACAGAGGCUGAUGUUUAUGCUGUACCUGGCAGCAUCAAGGAGCUGUAAUUACUUAGUCUUUUAUUCAAGUUUUCUUGACUGUGAAAGAUGAAUUAGUUUCUUCUGUUUUGUAUGUACUUAUGUAAUGCGGGGGAAACAUAAAAAUCAAUAACCUUAAAUAACUGAGGUAUUAACUGAAUCAUGUGAGUGCAAGACACAGGGCAGACAUUCAGACCAACAGGUGAACAAGUGCUGAACCAGACUUGUGUGAUCAUGAGUCCAGACAUUCAGACCAACAGGUGAACAAGUGCUGAACCAGACUCGUGUGAUCAUGAGUCCAGACAUUCAGACCAACAGGUGAACAAGUGCUGAACCAGACUCGCGUGAUCAUGAGUCAUGAACACACAAGUCUGGUUCAGCACUUGUUCGCCGGUUGGUCUGAAUGUCUGCCCUGUGUUUUGCAAUCACAUGAUUCAGUUAAUACCUCAGUUAUUUAAGGCUAUUGAUUUUUAUGUUUUCCCCCAUUGCAUUACACUUAUUCAACAUUUUUAGGAUGCUCAGUAAAGCUUAAGCUACCUCUUGAUUGCUAGGCCAAUAGAUUUUAAUAAAUAAAAUGUACAUAGGUAAUUUUUAUCUUUUACAAAAAAAAAAAACAAUCAAAGAGCUCUGAAUUGGUUUGGUGAUUAUAAUCAUUAGUAUUUUUCCUAAAUUUCAUAAUGGUAAUGUUUUCAGUCAACAUGGAUAUGUUCCAGGAAGGCAAUACUUAGGCUCAUAAAUAAGUGUAAGGUCAAAUAAUGAAUAAUAUCAUGCAAGUAGUGUAAUUUAUAUGUAGAUUUUUUUAAAUGAAAUUGAAUUAUAUAUCCUUAAUGUUAAGGGAAACAAAAGACAUUUAUAUUUAUUGUAAUUGAAGUAUGUUACUUUGAGAGAUCCUAUAUUAUAUUCAUGUAUUAUGUUUAUAAAAGUGAAUUAGUAUAUAUAUAUAUAUAUAUAUAUAUAUAUAUAUAUAUAUAUAUAUAUAUAUAUAUAUAUAUAUAUAUAUAUAUAUAUAUAUAUAUAUAUAUAUAUAUAUAUACAGUAAACCCUCCAUAAAUUGGACAAAUUGGGGGGGAGACCUUGUCCAAAAUAGUUAAAAAUCCGAAAUAUGUAAAAUUUUAUGGAAACGAAUUUGUGCGUACUCAAGCAAGACUGUUCCAGAGUUAACCAUCAAUUUUGAUUAAAGCAUGCAUAAACGAUUAAGCCACCUCAGGGGAGCUAGAGUAGAGCAGGGCAGCAUAAAUAUAAAUUUAUACGGCUCUGGAGCACUGUUAUGAGUUGCAUCUGGUGCACACAAAUCUAAACUAUUUUUGAAUUUGAAAUAAUUUUGAGAGGAAGCCUUUGUUUUGAAAUGACACGGUCCAUACUCUUCUCAAAUUCCUAUAUUCAAACCAGGUCUUCGACUGCUUUACAAUACCAUCCCGAUGCUGUCCGGACACAUGUAGAACGUUGCUUCUAAAUUGGGGACUUGCUGUAGUACAUGUCUGAUACUCAUAGCAUAUCCAUAACAAUAACCCCCCCACAGGCCCCCAUCGCCAACCUGCCAGCCUCAGUGCCUCACAGCCCGUCGCUAAGCAUGCUGUUCGGCUAUUCAGACAACUGUGCAUGCAGCUAUGCAGACAGCAUCCACAAUAAAAAAACAAUAUACUUAUUUUUAUUAGGUUUGUCAGUAUUAUUAUAGUAGAACCUCAUUUAUCCGGUACAAAUGGGGGGAAGCUCAUGCUGGAUAACCCGUUUUGCUGUUGUUUUCAGACCUACUCCUGUAGGAUUGCCAAAAGUCAUAGAUGAUGGAGGAUGAACAGCCGAAUUCCUCCAUCAGACUAUGGCAGGACUCAUGUUUCUUAAGUCUCUGGCAGAUCUCUAACUUCUGCUUCAACGUAAGCACCUUGCGCUUCCUCUUCUCCAUAACCUUAGGCAUGUUGCUACCGAAUAACAGUCCCAAUGGUCCAGUAAUAACGGUCAAAGGCAGGUCUCAUUACGGCAGCACACCACUCUGGUCUAUGGCGGGUAAAUGCAUCGGCGAUGCCACAUAGUUGCCAACUCCACUUUGGCAGCCUUGGCGUAAACAACCAGUGUUGCCAUUCUUGCAAUUUUCCCACUAGAUCUAGAGAUUUUGGGUAAUGACCUAGCAGGAAAAUUUGCCAUUUAGCAGCUAGAGUUUUAGUGAAAAUUCCUACAGUACCCUCUUGAGUUUCACGCUCGCUUCGUUCCGAAGGUAUAGCGCUAAACUCGAGGACCGCGAAACUCAAGGUAUUGAAAACACUGGAAAAGCACUUAUCUGUUCCGACCUGUGGAUAUUUUUUAUUUAUUUAUUUAUUUAUUUUUUUUUUUUUUACAUGUGGGCUAUGGCGCCGGUAGACUAUACAUCUGGGCCUGAUGGUCGGCCCCGAGCCCGCCAUGGUGCAGGUAACUGUUUAUAGUGGCGCUAUUAUAAUUGGCUCAUGCUGCCCCCCGGAGCUCACUUUUUUUCCUCCUUUACUCCCAUGUUAUCUCAAAAUACGUACCUUGGAAAAAGGAAGAAAACAGGAAGAGAGAACGGGUCAUUUUAAAGCCACAGAUGAAGCCCUACGAUUGGCUGAGCUCUGAAAACACGCUUGUGAUUCGCAGGGAGUCCGAUGACGUCAUCGAUGCCGCUCACCCGGUCAGCGGCCUCGCUGCCUUGGGGCAGUGUCACACUGGCCGUUUUCCUCUAACCAUUGUGUCUACUCACCCGUGCGCCCAUCCGGGAGCGAGUUGUCGGUUGUCCGUAACCUGGUGUCACACUGGGCCUUUCUUCCCACCACGUUGGUGGCAGCUUGGGCAACCGGCAAAUCAAACUUUUCCGGGUGCGCGUCACACACGGCCAAGGUCGGUUGCCCGUAUCCACAUCCACAAUGUAAACAAAGCACUUGCCCUGUAUCGACAUGGCGUUGUCUGCUAAAGUAAGGGUUGCUGCGGUUUGUGCUGCCAUUACCCAAGUUAUGGACUUGUUGCAUCAGUUAAAUGGCAGGAAGAAGCUGUUGUGGGUGUGGCGUGUCUGUGGGUCCUCUGUGCCAGUUCUCAUUGCCACCAUUGCGCAUGAGCGGCCAACCAACCCAUCUAGACUCCGACCACAUAAACACGUGGAUCGAGUAACAACACACACACACACACACACACACCAGACUCAUCAUGAACCAUGGCAGAUGUUUCUCACAAACAAAAAUGGCUUUACCAUUUCCUAGAGUGUGUGAGAACUUAUUUGGUGAGUGGUUCACACAAACCAAACAUACCCAAUGGCAAGAAGAGAGCAGUGUUAAAGACGAUUGCUCUCUUCUUGCCAAGAGCUAGGUUUGGUUCAUGUGAGCCACUCACCAAAUACGUUUUAACACACUCAAAAAAUGGUGAAGUCGUUUCAGUUUGUCAGAAACAUCUGCAAUGGUUUCUAAUGAGUCUGGUGUGUGUGUGUGUGUGUGUGUGUGUGUGUGUGCUUGUUUAUUGUUAUUCGAUCUAUGUGAGCAGACGACGCCAUGUCGAUACAGGGCAAGUGCUUUGUUUACGUUGUGGAUGUGGAUACGGACAACCGAACUUGGCCGUGUGUGACGCACACCAGGAAAAGUUGGAGUUGCCAGUUGCCCUAGGUGGCGCCAACGCGGUGGGAAGAAAAAAGCCCUGUGUGACACCAGCUUAUGGAUAACCGUGAGCUCGCUCCCGGUUGGCCCAACGGUUGGACGAAAACAGCCAUCGUGACACCGCCUUAAGGCAGUGAAGCCGCUGAUGUGGUGAGCGUCGGCGAUGACGUCAUUGGACUCCUAGCGAAUCACAAGCAUGUUUUCAGAACUGGCAGGCAAUUGUAAGGCAGCCGCCUUCAACUGCGGCUUCAAAACGACCCAUUCUCUCUCUCUCUCUCUCUCUCUCUCUCUCUCUCUCUCUCUCUCUCCAUAGCCACAAUGUUUGGAGGAAAACGUCCAUUGUGACACUACCUUUAAAGGCAGCGUGCGUGAUGCCGAUGGUAAGUAGACGUGACCCGUACGUGUCAAAGCAGAGCGAAACUCGUGGUGAUAAUGCGCGAAACUCGGGAUGGUAAGAAUUUAGGACUAACCGCGAAACUUGUGGAUCGCAAAACUUGGAUAGCGCGAACCUCAAGAGGGUACUGUAUUUAGGCAUUUUUGAAGGGUAUAAUUAUUACAUUACUUAAAAUCUACCAAUUUAGGGCUCUGAUCUAGCGAUUUUUGAAGGUAAAUCUAACGGGACUGAAUAUUUUUUAUAACAACAAUCUAAACAACACCAGAGCAUAUUCAUGCCAUUGUUUUGGCUGCUGGAUAACAAGAUUCUACUGUAUAAGUAUUAUUAAAUUUCCGCCACUUCUAACGGACGAAGUUCUCCCCCAAUUAGUUCUUUGUACUGAGGAUGUACUGUGUAUAUAUAUCAAACAAACAUUCCUUCUAUGUGACUGUGAUCGUAGGAGCCACACACCAAUGCUUAUCUCGGGUACCAAGCAGUUUCUUCCUCCAGACAAACACUACUAGACAUCUUUGGAACCAAGUCCACUAUAACAUAGAAGUAGAAAUUUUGUUCACCAUGAUGAUUGACAACUGGCAUCACUCUCUUAAUCCUCUCGUGCAUCACAAAGUGUAAAGCGUUUUGUAAAGUACCACCAGACUAGUGUUUAUCCUUGAACCCUACCUCUCCUUUUCAUUGGAUAUGUUUUAGUUUAUGGCCAUGAGCUGUUAUUUAACCAAGAAUAGAAAGUACAUAAUUAAAAUGCAAAAUAACUUAUUGAAAACUUCUUGCAUUAGACAUUAUUACAUAAACAUGAAUUCCCAUUGCUAGAACCAUUAUAUUCAGAUGAUGGGAAGCAAAAUUAAACAUAGUAAUGAUAGUAUUAUCAGAUGAACUAGCCAACACUAUAAAUGCUAAAAAUAAGAAUGGGAGAAGUAUAAUGCUAUAGUUAUAUUAAAUACAUUGCAGCCAGAAUAUUUCUUGGCUCAUGUAGCAUGUUUUAAAAGCAGCUUUACCAAGCAUUGAAAUAAGAUGAAUGUUGACAUAUAACAGUGUUAUGCACUAGACAUUGUGUAAUCUAUGCAAAAUUUAUACAACAUGGCUUGAUGGUAA